AUGAAGAACGCCUUUGCUGAAGUUCAGGUUGCCUCCGCCCGGUUUGGCGUUAACAGCUCCUACCUGGCGCAUGCGGACAUGUUGCAAAUCAAAAUGGCCCAAGGUGCUAAGCCUGGAGAGGGCGGAGAACUGCCUGGCUACAAGGUGACCGCUGAGAUUGCCCGAAUGCGACAUUCAGUACCAGGAGUGGGUUUGAUCAGUCCACCACCUCAUCACGACAUCUACUCGAUUGAGGAUCUAGCUCAGCUAAUCUACGAUCUGAAAGCCGCCAAUCCGAUUGCUGUGGUGAGCGUGAAACUGGUAUCUGAAGUUGGUGUUGGAGUGAUCGCUGCUGGUGUCGCGAAGGCUCAUGCUGCUCACAUUACCGUGUCCGGUCACGAUGGCGGUACUGGUGCUAGUUCAUGG